CCAACCACGAACGUGUAAGGCCAAACAUCGGUUGUGUACGCGCUGUACUUGUUCACGAGCCGACUCUGGACAGAAAACAAAAUAAUAAAGAGAUAAGGCUGAGUCGUUAUUGGUAAUGGACCAGGAGGAGGAGAGGAAGAGAAUGAACUCCAAAAAGCCAGACAGAGCACUUUAUGUCCCUAGAAGGCAGCAAGCGACUGGAGAGCAGGAGAAGAAAGGAGAGUCAUUGAAGGAAGUGGCCCUAUGCCCCUCUACUAGCGAGGAGCCCAAGAGGCAGACUCAGGGCAAGGCUAGAGCAAGUCCCCUUGAGGUUGGUGGGUCAGGGAGGGGGGAAAAGCAGAGGGAGAGGAAAGGGAGGCAGGUCAAGGAUAAGGGGAAGAAGGGUAACAUGGGUACUGGGGGAAGCAAAAUGAAAAGGGACAGGGAAGGUAGUGAAAGUCAGAAGCAACUGGGCGGUGAGAGAGAGGUGAGUCAGGGGAUUAGCGAUGGGGACAAAAAAACAGAAACGAGGGAAGACACAAGCAAUCGAGGGAUAGCAGAUAAGGAGGGAGAGGUAGGAAAUAAGAAGGGAAAUGAUUUUGAUACUAUGGAACACCUUGUCUUGGAUGGACCUCAGAGCUGUUCUCAUAAGGAAAACAUGCAAACUGAACUCUGUAUUUCUAAAUCUGGCCCCUUUGUUGAAGCUGUAGGUAGCAGGCUGGGAGAGAGAGACUCUGGUAUGGGUGUGACAGUGAAGGGGCCCUUAGCAGUUAGUGCAGGUCAGGAAGAGGGUGUCUGCCCUGGGACAGGGCUGGGAGAAGGACAGGAUGAAAGGGUGAAGAGUAACACAAAGCCUUCCCAAGGUAGUCUAGAUUGUUCCAUCACAGGCUUGCAGACUGAGGAGACUUGGUAUGUUGAGAAGGUACAGAAUGGAGACUCGGGAACCUUGGAACAAAGUUCACAUUCUGUCAGUACAGCAUUGAGAGAGGAUCCCAGUGACCAGGAGUCAGACAGCUGGGACACCCUAUUUAACGACGAGGGAGAUUGCCUGGACCCCCAUCUACUAGAGGAGAUAUCACAAAAUCAGGGGAAGGUAAAGAAGUCCAUCCAGGAGCCCCGAUUUGAUUAUUACAACUGGGCAGUCGAAUCCGACGUGGAGCUCAGAGAGGAUGAGUUGUCCCACAUCGUUGAGAUCUACGAGUUUCCUUCAGAGUUCAAAACCGAGGAUCUGCUUCGAACUUUCAACAGCUUCCAGCAAAAGGGGUUUGAUAUUCAAUGGGUGGAUGACACUCACGCACUGGGACUCUUCUCCAGCCCCAUAGCCGCACGAGACGCCCUGAGAACAAAACACCCGAUGCUGAAGGUCCGCCCGCUGUCACAGGCAUCCGCUGCGACCAAAGCUAAGGCCAGGGGAUGUUCAGAUUACCUCCUGCCUGCAAAGGAGCGCCCCAAGACAAGUGCGGCUUUGGCCAGAAGGUUGGUUAUUGGGGCGCUGGGCGUCCGGAGCCCCCAGAGCCGAGAGGAUAGGGAUGCAGAGAAGAGAAAACUGCAGGAGGCCCGUGAACAAAAGCGAUUGGCGGCCAAACAGCGUGAGGAUGCUUGGGAGGGAAAAUGACCAGGCUUUUUAUACAUGACUGAUUGUUGGGUACAGCCACUGCAUAUGUGUUCUUUGCAGUGUGUGAGUUCAAUACUGUACCUGUGUGACAGCCGUACAUCCAGAUCCGACUCCCAUCGUAUUUACACCGGCAGCGCAUUACGUUGUUUGUGAAAUCAGACUCCACCAUGUCGAAGUGGGGAUUUACUUCAACCUGGAGAGACCAGGAGGAUGGAUUAGUGAGGAAAUUGUGCGUCCAGCACCAAACUUCUGUUUUAUAAAAUGUACAGAUCUUCAUUUUAUUAAAGAUAUUUGCAUUAAACACCUUAAAUGGUAUUUCUGUGGUGGUCUAUAAUGGCCCUAGUUUUGUUUUGUUUUUGCACAGUAACUUCUUUUUCCCAUUAAUCUCUAGCAGUGCUAAAACUGGAAAUAAAUGGUUAAAACUCGU